ACUUAGUAGCCAUGGGAGAUACUAAGUUGGACAGCACGGGAAAUCCUGGUCAGGUACGUAGUAGGACGGUUAUUAGGAACGAUUUCGGGUGGUCCGUUUAGUGGCGGUGGAAAGGGCUGCCUUGGGGGUCGUGCGGUAUUGAGCAGAGUGCAUGACAAUAGAGCAAUGAGACGUGAACCUCGGAGCUGGUUGUUAGCACAAGGACUACUGCGUCUAGCUACGAAUUCUGAAAGAAUGAAGGUUCGGGGCGAGAAUAGAACGCACUUUGUUCUGGACACACUUCUUGCCCCUCGAGGGAAGACGAGGCAUUUCUGGGGGAGAACCGCGUCUCUCCUCGGCACAUUACUUGUGUCUCGAGCCGCGCCAUUGCCAGCAUUGCGGCAGGAAGAAGGGCGAAGACAGGGUGAGGAAGGAAGGCGCCAGGCUUUGACGUGUGAAUCUCGCUGCGUAUUGGUGGACUCUGCUUGAGUGGUGCCAACGAAUAUUCCAGCCAUGACUGGGGAGAUAUUUACAGACGACUUGUGCACUCAAGUGACCCAUGUUUUGGGCAGGUUGUGGGAUUGGAUUGUGAACCUCUGGUGCUCCAAGGCUAAGAAAGAAACUAUGCCUGGGAAGGAAUAACUGAGCUGUCAAAUCCUCCCAUGGCGCCUGUUCCAACACCAAGCAACAGGAAUCAUGGGGGACAUUUCACAUCUUCCCCUUCACCAGUCAAAAGCUGGGGAACGAACACAACUUCAGCCCGCGUCAGGCGCGUGACGAGCCGCUGCUGAGUUUGCUGGUUGCCUGCUGCUGUGCUGUGUGGGGCUGGGUUGGGAAAUUUGGGGUGCUUACGUGGCUUGGCUUGGCUUUGUCUUGUCACUCACCAUGGCCUUCCGAAUUCCGCUGUCGACUGGUCUGGGGCUAAAAGGCCGUCCAAUAGAAACAUCUCGGCGGC